ACAAACAUAAACCUUCACCACAGUACAGUAGAUCAGCAAGCAUUACAUAAUAUUGACUUAGAUUUAUGCAUGCACAUGUGGACUUAUAGCUAAUACAAAGGCAAUUAAAAAGUACAACACCUUUCUAAAACCACAAACAUAAACGCCUAGGGACCAUCUCAAAAACAUUAUAUGAUCAUGUCUGUAAUAACUAGAAACCUAACAUUAAAGUGCAGUCUUAGAGACUCUGGAUAUGCAAAGGAAAUCGAUGUACUUGAAGGAUUAUAUCACAUUGGAAUAGGAGAAAAGGAUAUUGAUGCCAUACAAAUAAAUAGAAGAGAAAUUCACGUAACCUUCAAGAAUAGAGAAGCAAAGACCGUUGCAACAGCUAUGGAUAUAAAAGUAAAUGGUCAUUCGGUAAAGAUGUGUGACGUAGAGAACAAUACUACAAACGUGACCCUAAAAGAUAUACCAAUACAAGUGUCAGAUCAAGUAGUUAAUGCUUAUUUGACUGGAUACGCUACAGUUCUCAAUGAAAUCAGCCAUGGAUACGUAAGAAUGCCAGAUGGUACCAAGACAAAUAUCCGCAAUGGCAUUAGGUACAUUUCAGUUGUUGAUAUUAAAGAACCAAUACCAAGUGCUCCCAUUAUUGCUGGAUUCCAUGGAAGACUUUCAUAUCAAGGUCAACCUUGUAACAUAUGCAAACUCACAGACCACCCAUGGUGGAGGUGUCCUUUAAAGGGAGUGCGUAAAUGUUACACGUGUGGCAGCACAGACCACAUUGUAUCUCAGUGUACAGGACGUGAUAACAAAAAUGAAAAGGAAAAAGUGAUUGAGAAAGAUGAAGACGAACACAUAGAGAAAGAUGAGCAGAAAUCAGCCACUACAGAAGAAGAUACCAAGAAACCUGACACAAUACUAACUGGCGGCUCGAUUGCUAAAGGUAUCAGCACAAUAAUGAAGACAGCAGUCCCAGCAUGUCAAAGUGGGGCUAAGAUAGAACAUGUCCCAGGCCUACUUCAGAAAACAGGGGACAACGAAGAAAUCAAAUAUGUAGUAAUGCAAGUUGGUGCAAAUAAUAUUGUAUAUAGCAAUGAGGCACCAGAUGUUUGCCUUGACAAAUACGACCGCAUGGUGGAUGAGGUACACAAGAAAUACCCAUCAUCAAUUAUAGUUGCAAGUAGUGUUACCCCCGUACAUCCAUCCACAGGCAAAAACUCCAAGAUGCAAUCUAAAAUAACAAAGACAAAUAAGCUCAUUAAUAUGAUGUGCAAAUCGAAGGAUUUCACCACUUUUGUGGAUAAUGACAAGGUUCUACUAUGCAGCGAUGGCAAAACUUCACCUAAAGACUAUUCAAGCAAUGAUACCAAAGGUGUCCAUCUUUCUCUACAUGGAUCUGCUAAAGUGGCCCGCAACAUCAUGGAUACCCUAAAAGGAAUUGAGAUGGACGAUGCAACUUUCCAAACCCCCCCUACCAACAAGAGGAAAGAGAGAGGAUCAUCAUCUACACCAACAUCUGCGGAAAAGCAACCUGAAACAAAAAGCAAAAAAUUAGGGAGUUACUCAUGAACUUUUAUUAACUCAUGGACAAGCUGAGACUAUUGACCCUCAAUGUGAGGGGACUCAAUAAUGAUAAUAAGAGACGAAAAUUAUUUAAA